ACAAGUUUUUAAAAUGGAAAACUUCGCUGGUUCUGCUUUGACUGGGACGUGUUUCAUUGUGAUUGCAAUUUGGCAUACCAUAAGGAUAUUUCAAAGGUAUUACGUGUGUAGGGAAGCAGGUGCCAAAUUCAGUUCUUCACUAACUUUUCCGUGUCCUUGUUUGGGCAACCGUAUGAAAUACCGGCCAGUGGAAGCGUACGUCAAGAUGCUUAUCGGAACAAUAGGUUUUAGCGUGGAGAUGAUACGAGGAUUUCAAAAUGGCCACCUUGCCAACGUCGGCAGCGUUCAAAACGCAACAAUGUUUCUGUUAUUUGGAGUCACCGGCGUCAUGGACUUGAUGGUAUCCAUGAAGACAUCUAUCCCCGAGCAUGUGGAUUACUUCAGCAACGUGCUAGCUUUUGGGAUGUAUGGCUUUCUGGUUAAGUGCAGCCCUCAGCGUCUACCUCCCCUUGAUGGACUUCUCCAUACGUUACUCGCGUAUGCGAUAUUCUCAACCGUUUUAACGUUACUAGCAGAGAUGAGGUACCGCCACAACGUGUGGUCGUCUCUCGCACGCUCUUGGACCGUGCUCUGCCAGGGGACGUGGCUGUGGCAAAUGGGUUUCGUCCAGCAUCAUCCAUUUUCCAGCGUGUCGUCUUGGGACCACUACAGCCACGAUCACAUGGCCGUUGUCGUCAUGAUUUUCACCUGGCAUGUCGGGUUUAAUUUUGUUCUCGUACUGACGAUUGGUAGCCUUGUAGCACUUCGUUACCGCCACUAUCCAAGCAAGACUAGCUACAGGGUGAAAGAUAAGCUAGAGGACAACAUGGUCUCAAAUGAAAAUAGUGAUUCUGAGAGUGCGCUAAACAUAUCACAUUUAGGCCAUUCGUCUGUGUAA